AUGGCAGAUAGAGAUGGUUAAAAUGAAUUGAAUGUAGAGCCUAAUCAGACAGAAUAAUAAGAAUCUGCAAGUCAAUCUGGAUAAUAAGGUCUCGAUAGAAUAUCCGAUAAUCCCUCACCUACACUUAGAAAUUUGAGACAAGAAGACCAGACUAUUUAAAAUACAAAAGAGUAGCCUGAACGAUAAGAGGAAGAGAAAAAAUAAUAAUAAUAAUUAAGCACAUUCACCUCUACCAAAAAGGUUAUAGAUAUAGACUUUGAAGAUGAAGCAGUGCGUUAAAUGCCAGUUAUAGGCAAAGUUAAUAGAAACAUUUCGAUAGAAAAUUUUACAAUUGCAACAUAAAAAAAUAACUUCAUGAUCAAUAAUGAUUUUUCACAUUUCCUCAAUGUAGAUGAAAAUUAAAUAGUAAAAUCAGAUAUAAACGAUAGCUAAAUUAGUUCUGCAAAUUUGUUGAGAAAUCAAGAGUAUGAUAUGUCACUAUCAAUGAAUUAAGACACCUAAAGAGACUACGAUAAUAAUAGUAGUUGUGCUAACAUUCAACCUAAUAUGCUUUUAACUCCUUAAAAGAUGAAUCACGACAUAUUGUAAAGUUAGGAAAAAGGAAUUAGAGGACUUCAAAAGUAUGAAUCAUAAGAGCUUGGCCAAGAUGAACUUGAGAUGAAAUUUAAAUAUAAAAGUAAGAAAUAGAAAGUUGGAAAAUCAAAGAUAUCAAAGGACUUAAGCGAUGUAAAUAUCAAUAAUUCCCUUAACAAUAAAGCAUACUACAUAAAGUAGAUUUCAAAGGCAACUGAUUCAAUAAUGGCUGUUAAAGAAAAAUCAAACUUUGAAAAAGCUAGAGAGUACACAGAUAGUUACCCUUGCCUUAAUUUUAGAAAAACCUUGAUGAAGAUCAGAGUCAUAAUGUUAGCACUUGAAGAUCCAACACAAAAUUUAUAACCUCAUUAUUCGACAGUAAUGGACAAUGUAUUUUUAAGUUUAUAUACUAUUGAGCUGGUACUGAAGAUAAUGGGAAUGGGAUUUAUUUUCAACAAAGGUGCAUACCUAAGAGAUGCCUGGAAUGUGCUGGAUCUGAUUAUAGUUGCUUCAGCAUACUUCACAUUAUUUUUUAGCUCAACAUCAUUUAGUCUUAGUGGACUUAGAGCAUUUAGAGUAUUGAGGCCUCUUAGAACAAUAUCCAGUAUUGAGGGACUGAAACUUCUUGUAACUGCUCUAUUAUCAGCCUUACCCCUUCUCAGAGAUACUGUUAUAAUUCUUGGAUUUUUCUUUUUAAUCUUUGCUAUUGGUGGAGUUUAAAUGCUUCAUGGAUAUCUUAAAAGAAGAUGUGUCAAUAUUUAAACUGGAGCCCCUCAUGCUGAUGAUAUACUAUGUGGAGGAAGUAAAGAAUGCUCGCCAGGCUAUUUUUGUGGGAAACGCUUUGAAAGUCCAAAUGGAGAUGUCACAAAUUUCGAUAAUAUGCUUUAUGGAAUUUUAACUGUAUUUUAAAGUGUCACACUUGAAGGAUGGAGUCAAGUAAUGGUAGACGUUUGGCAAGUAUUUGGUAUUAUAUCAGUAGCUUUUUUUAUUCCAUUGGUGUUUAUUGGGGCAUUUUUCUUGCUAAAUCUAACACUAGCUGUUAUCAAUUCUAAAUUCACUGAAGCUCAUAAAUUACAGACAGAAAGAAACAAGAAUAGUCAUAAUCAGAAUAAAUUUAAAAGAUUCAAAAAAGGCAAAGAUUAUGAAUUUUCUGAUCAGCACAUCUCAAUCAGAUAGUAUCAAAUUGCAAAAAAAGCAGCAAAAAAAAUGAUAAAAUUUUUCAGAAAUUAGUAAAAUAUGAAAGCAAAAGUAAAAUAGCGGUACAGUUUACUUAUAGUAGAUGAAGGAAAUAACAAUAAUCAUGAUAAUAACAGCAGCAAUUAAAACUAAUCUCUUAUUGAUGAAUCUUUAUCGCAAUUAAAUGGAAACUCUAAUAAUGUUUCAUACACUUCUCCAGUUAAGGUACCUAUAGUAAAUAAUCAUAGUAUGACUUAGCACAAACUUAACUUUUUUUCAAAUUAAGUAAUAAAGACUCAACCAAUUAUUAAACAUGAACUAACUGACUCUACAGGGAUGGAAAACACCAAUUCUAAAAGCUAAACUAUGAGUAUUAUCCAAAUUCAACCAGAGUCCGGAAUUUAAUUUAAUAAUAUAUCUAGUAUAAUGCAUAAAACUCUAAGUUUAGGAGGAGUUAAUAACUAUAUAAACAAUCAAAAUAGUCGCUUAAAUAGUCAAGAUGGGGCUAUGAAACAAGAUGUUAUAGUAGAAGAGGAAUCUGAGGAUAGUCUAAAUGAAUCCAAAUAUAAGGAAAAUGAAGAUAAAUAGGAAUCAGUAUCAUCUGAGGGGUCAUCAGUUAAUAUCGAUCAAAUAACACCUUCGAAAAAAGAAGUUUAGAUAUUCAGAUAAUCAAAACUAAAAGAUUAUUAGCAUAUAAUAAACUCAUCAGAUAAUUUUAGGAAUCUAAGAAUGUCAGGUAAUCUCGGCAUUGCAACCAACAGUAUUAAGGGAUUUGAAACCAUUAAUUCUACAGAUGUUCUUAAACCGCAGAAUCAAAAUAAGAAAUAAAAAAAGGUUUUUGAUUAAUUUUCAGAAUUAGACAAAUUAUUAACACUGGAGGAUUUCUAGCCUUAAACAAUCUUUGAUGGGGAAAGAAACUUAAGAAUGUAAAAAUCUCAUGAUUAGCUCAAUAUCGAGGAUAAUAAUGAAUUUUUAUUCCCUUCUGAUUCAAACUCAUCUAAUUACCUCCGCACACAUAGAGAUAAAAUAAUAACAAUUUUGAAAAAUGAAUCUGAUGAAAAAUCAGUAAUUGAUAGCGAUAGUGAUUUAAGGUCAAAUUAACAAAGAUUAUUUUCAGAUAGUAAAAUUAGAACUCCGUAUAUUAAAAAUUUUGAUGAGUGUGAUUAGGGCGAUGUAAUAAUCUUACAAAAACCCAUUGAAAAAAUAAAUGAAUUUUAAGAUGAGAGCUCUGAGAAUUUUAAACAAGAAUCUAUAAUACCUAUUGAUGCUCUUAUAACCCUGAAAAAGAUGCUUACAAUAGCAGAUUCAAGAUUACAUAUGAAAAAGGAAUUUGACAAUGAACUAAAAUUCACAAAUAAUUUUAGAAGAGCUUUUACAAAAUUAGAAAUAGAUAAUAAAAAAGAUGAAAUUGAUUCUCCUGGAAUAUAAAAUUUUCAUUUGAAAUUUGAAGAAAUUAAAUCUCAAUCUAACUCAUAAAAUAGACCGGAUAAUUAUAAGAAUUAGGUUGAGCGAGAUUAAUAGCAUUAAAUUAAUGACUAAGAGGGAAAAAAUGUUUCAGAAAUGUUUAAGUUCCCUUUCAAGCUUUAAAAGAAUGUAACUUUCAGCCCAACAAAGUUUCAUACUAAUGAAGAUUCAGGAAUUACUGUACAAUCCAAGACUCUCACGUUCUCACCAAUGAGAAGAUUGUUUGAGAAGAAAAUAAGUAAUUCUUUAGCUAGUAAACUGGCUUCUUAAUUAAAAAAAAAGGUCAUAGAAAAAACACUGAACAGCAAGGAUAAAAAGCUAUAAUUGGUUAAAAAUAUUAAAUAUGAAAGUACUAGCGAAAAUGAGGUUCUUGAAAGAAGAAUAGCUGAGUAGGAAUUAAGAUAUUUAACUGAUUAGUACAAAUUCAUUAAAUUACCCCAGCAAUUACAAAAGUAAGAGGAUCCAGAUUAUAAGGUUAAAAGAUUAGCUAGGUCUUUGCACAAGCCAUACUAAUAAAAAGUAGCAUUCGAAGUAAAGAGUGAUGAUGAUAUUGAUGAGGAUGAUGAUGAAUAACUUUAUUUUAAAGUUUAAGAUCUGAAUAAUUUAGAACUAUAACCUUUUGAUACAAUAACUGGAAUCGGAUAUGAAGAAUUACUCCAAGAUUUACCUACUAAAUAAAUUGCUAGGACUUCUAAUAUUAUUGUAACUAGCACAUUGAGCUUUACCUAUCAGCCAAAAGAGAAAGCCAAAAAGAUUCAUAGAAGAUUUGAUGAGAGCUAUUUAAUGGAUUAAUAUAUUCAAAAUAAGGCUAUCAAAAGAUCAAACUCUUUAAAUUAAUUCUAACUAGAACAAUCCAAUUUCGAUUCGAUUUUUGGAUACAGCACAAAACCAUAAAACACAAUUAAAAAGUAAGAAACUUUAAUAGAAAACAUCAAUACUCCUCUUUCUAGUUCAAUGACGCCAUAGAUAGAUUUAAAAAGAAGACUUGUCCGCAAAUCUAUCAUGCCUCCAGCACUAUCAAGAUUAAUAACUCGCAGGCCUCCUUAACUAUAAGAUAUGAAAAGUUCGUCUAUGAAUCGAUCUAAGACUUUAAUCAAAGAUUUAGAUGAUAAACUGCAGAGAAUUGAACCCCCUUCAGCUUCAAGGCGAAAAAGCAACUUCGAAAAAGAAAGCAACAGCUCAAAUAACCGGUAGAUUAUUAAAAAUCUUAGAAAAAUAAAGAAAAAAUAUUAGUCUCAAAAAACAAAAUUUACUCUGAAAGAUGCUUAAAAAAUUUUUGAUGGAACGUUUUACAAUGAGGAUGAAGAGCAUUAGUAAAAUAAGGAGGAGAGCAAAAAUGAAAAAGCAGAUGUUCUUAAAACAUUUUCAAUCAAGAAUCCAAAUUUGUUGAAUGCUAACUAUGAAAAGCAACAACUCAACGAAUUUGAGCACGAUAUUAUUAAAUAGAUAAAAUAGGCUAAUUUUUAAGAUCAACCACAGAAUGACUUUGAUUUUAAUGCAAAUAACAACUGUGUAGUUCCUUCAGACUUAAAAGAGGAACUGGAAUUGCCAGAUGAUUUGCAAGGAAGAGAUUUAGAUAUGGAUAUUAUCAAAAUUAGAGAUGUAUUAUACAAAAAAAGAAGUUCUUAAUGGAGUGGCUAAGAUGUUCUUGAAAGAAAAUCAGGCAGAAAACCCUUGAUAGAUCGAGAAAGGGCUUAAUGGGUAGUAAAUCACCUCAAUAAUAUAAGAGUAUGGCCAAAAGGAAUCUAUGGCUAUAUAAAGAUAUUUAGAUCAAAGAUCAGGAUAGUUGUCAAGUCUUCAUACUUUGAUAAUUUCAUGCUAAUAUCAGUUCUAAUAAAUACAAUAAUUCUUGCACUAGACCGGUACAAUAUGGAUGCUUCAGAGGAGAAUUUGCUCUUUCAGAUAAACUUGCUAUUUUCAGCAUUAUUUAUAUUUGAGCUGGUUAUGAAACUAAUUUCUCUUGGACCUAGAAAGUAUCUUAAUGAUAAACUAAAUUAUCUUGAUGGUACUGUAGUCAUUCUUAGUGUGGUAGAGAUUAUACUAAAUUCAAGUGGCUAAUCAUCAGGAUCCAAAAAUUUAUCAGCUUUUAAAACAGUUAGAAUAUUUAGAUCAUUUAGAGUCUUAAGAGUUGCAAGAUUGCUAAGGAACCUGAGGUCUAUGCAAGUUAUUAUAGGAGUAAUAUAAAGAUCAGUUAUGUCCUUUAUAUAUAUUGCAGCACUCCUAUUCCUAUUCAUUUUCAUUUACGCACUCCUAGGGAUGUAAAUAUUUGGAGGAGAAUUUAACAUCAACAAAGAAGAAAAUAGUGCUAACUAUGACACCUUCCAUAAUGCUUUCAUAACAGUUUUCUAAGUACUUACAAUAGAGAACUGGCAAACAAUAUUAUUUGACUCAAUGAACACGAAUCUUGGGAAAAUACUUCCAGCAAUAUAUUAUCUAUCUUGGAUUUUCAUGGGGAACUUUAUAUUAUUAAAUCUAUUUCUGGCUAUUCUACUAGACUCUUUCAUUGAAGAAGAGCAUGACAAGGAAAAUGAAGAGAAAGAAGAAGAAAAAAAGAAAGAAGAACAAAAUAUGAAGAAAUUACAAAAAUAGAAUAAGAAAGAGGAAAUUAAGAAAUUAAAAGAAAAACAGCAUGAGAAAAGAUAGAAGUAAAUGAUGUUAAGGGAAUAAAGAAGAUAAAAUAUUAUGAGAAUGUUCACUGAAUAAUAGAGUAUAAAUGAGGAAGAAGAAGUAUCUGAUGAGCAGCAGGAUCUUGAAGAUAUGGAUGAAGAUGAUGUAUUUGCAAUUUUGUAAGAAGAAGGACUUGGCAUGUCACAAAGAUAAAUAGACACAGAUACAAAGCAAGGCAAAUUAGAUCUUGCAAAGCUUUAUAAAGAUAUAAGAUGUCAAAGAUCAUUCUACUUAUUUUAAAGAGUAUGA